AUGGCUUCUGAUUUGCAGACUGUUGCCCAGCUGCUCCAGGCCACUUUAGACCCUCAGCAGCAUAAGCAAGGCAAGCUCGCCAGCUUCCCCGUUUCUGAGGCUGCCCUCUUGGAGGAAGAGAAGAAGCCAGGUUUUUCCCUCCUCCUCUUGAAUAUUGUCGCCUCCGAAUCGCUUCCUCGGAACACUAGACUUUCUGGAGCCUUGUGCUUCAAGAAUUUUAUCAAAUUCAACUGGGUGGACGAAGAUGGAUCCUACAAACUGGCAGAGAAUGAGGUCGUAACAAUCAAGAAGGAGCUUAUUGGUUUGAUGAUCUCGGUGCCCCCCUCAAUCCAAUCCCAACUUGGAGAAUCGAUCAGCGUAAUCGCCGACUCUGAUUUCUGGGAACGUUGGGAUACGUUGGUUGAUGACUUGGUGUCGCGCCUGACACCUGACAAUCCCAAGGUCAAUAUUGGUGUUUUGGAAGUGGCACACUCUAUUUUUAAGCGAUGGCGACCUCUGUUUGCAUCUGAUGGUUUAUAUACAGAGAUCAACCAUGUGCUGUCGAAAUUCGGACAACCAUUCGUACAAUUGCUCGAAACUACCGAUCAGCAGAUUGAAGCCAACAAGAACAACAAGGAAGUGCUGAAGCAAUAUGUUGAAGUUAUGAACCUGCUAGUGAAGCUUUUCUACGAUCUUUCGUCCCAGGAUCUCCCACCAAUCUUCGAAGAAAAUCUACCCAGCGUUACAUCUCUCCUCCACAAAUACCUUACAUACGAAAAUCCUUUGCUCGCGACAGACGAUGAAUCUGAAUCUGGACCCUUGGAGUUCGUCAAGGCUGGUAUCUGCGAGGCUAUGACACUGUACAUGCAGAAAUACGAGGAUGCAUUUGGAGAACUGUGCAAGCCAUUUAUCAUGAGCUCGUGGAGUUUGUUGACAACAAUUGGCCCGGAGACAAAAUUCGACAUUUUAGUCAGUAAAGCACUACAAUUUUUGACGGCUGUGGCAAGCAUUCCACAACACGCUGAAAACUUCAACAACCAAGAAAUUCUGGGGCAGGUGGUGGAGAAGGUCAUUCUUCCUAAUGUCAGCCUACGGGAAUCAGAUGUUGAGCAAUUCGAGGAUGAGCCUAUCGAAUAUAUUCGGAGGGACCUUGAAGGCUCUGAUGCUGAUACUCGACGACGAGCGGCGACAGACUUUCUGCGAAAGCUUUUGGAUAAGUUUGAAAGCUUGGUCACCGAGGUUGUUGGACGCUACAUCACCCACUACUUGGAGGCUUUCAAGAAAGACGCGGGCGAAUGGAAGUCUAAGGAUACUGCGGUUUACCUCUUCUCAGCCAUCGCUGCGAAAGGUGUCAUCACGACUACUCACGGAGUCAAGACCACAAAUUCUCUUCUCAGUGUAGUUGAAUUCUUUCAGAAUAAUAUUGCAGGUGAUCUUGUUGCCGAUACUGGAGUCGAGCCAAUCAUCAAAGUUGAUGCCAUCAAAUACCUUUACACUUUCCGGAGUCAAUUGACCAAGGAACAGUGGAGCGCAGCUUUCCCACCAUUGGUCAAGAAUUUGGCAUCUUCAAACUACGUCGUCUACACCUACGCGUCGAUUGCAGUAGAGCGAGUUCUGUUCCUCACCAACGAUGCCGGGGAACAUAUCUUUGGCAAGGAAGAUGUGGCCCCUUUCUCGAAGGACCUUUUGGAGCAUUUAUUCCAACUCGUAGAGAAAGACCCGGCUCCAGAGAAGAUCCAAGAAAACGAAUUCUUGAUGCGCUGCGUUAUGAGAGUCUUGAUUGUGAUCAAGGAUGGAGUGAUCCCGCUUACGGACAUUGUUCUACAACACUUAAUUCAUAUCACGGAUAUUAUCGGCAAGAAUCCAAGUAAUCCACGCUUCUACUAUUAUCAUUUUGAGGCGAUGGGUGCGCUGGUCAGAUACUCUGCUUCGGCACAACCAGAAAAGCUUGAAAAUGACCUAUACCCACCAUUUGCAGGAGUCUUACAGAACGACGUUCAAGAAUUCAUGCCAUACGUCUUCCAGCUGUUCGCCGCCCUGCUAGAGGCACGCCCCCAUGGUCCGCUCUCUGACUACUACAAGGCGCUGGUCACUCCGAUUCUGAUGCCAGCUUUAUGGGAGUCGAGAGGCAAUGUACCAGCACUUGCACGAUUGUUGACGUCUAUCAUCCCCAGAAGUGCCGCCGAGAUUGUUGCGAAUAAUCAAGUUGAGCCGAUCUUGGGCAUCUUCCAGAAGCUUUUGUCGAAGAAGUCUUCGGAAAUAUAUAGCUUCGAUGUCCUGGAAGCUGUGCUUAUUUCGUGUGAUGCCAACGUCAUCCAGCAAUAUUUCCCUACGAUUCUCACCCUCAUAUUCACACGACUUAACAGCAACCCACCCGAGAAGUUCAAGCAGCGAUUUGUCCGCUUCUAUCAUCUCAUCUCCUCUCGCGAUCAGUCUGGCCUCGGCGCUGACUUCUUCAUCAAAAACUGUGAUAGCGUCCAAGACGGCGUUUUCGUUCCCAUCUACCUAACAAUCAUUCUCCCCACGACCCAACAGCUUGCCCGUCCUACCGACCGCAAACUCGCUGUUGUGUCUCUUACCAAGACCUUGACGGAUUCGCAGGCCUUCGCGGUCAAGUACCUGAAAGGCUGGAGCAAGACCUGUGAAGCUCUUCUAAAGCUGCUUGAAAACCCUCCGAUGCCAGUCGCCGCCGACGAUGCAGUCGUCGAAGUAGAUGUCGACGACCUAAGCUUCGGCGUGGGCUUUACGCCCUUGAAUACCUGCAAGAAGCAGCCUAAGGAUGAGUGUCCGGAUGUGACGAAUGUGAAGCCUUGGGUCGGUUCAUACCUAAAGGCCGCAGAUGCGCGACACGGAGGCGCAAUCGGAGGAUAUGUGAAUGAACGGCUGUCACCAGAGGCGAAGGCCGUUCUGGUUUCUUACAUGCAGUGA